UAGCCAAUAAAUUGAUAGAGGGUCUGCACUCUGCAGCAGGGGAUCCGUUAAGUCUACUUCUCAGCGUCUCUCGCUGUUGCAACUACGUGGUAAGUGACAAGAACACAAAUACUUACAGGCGGGCGUGUUUCGGCAUGAGAUCUAGCUAGCUUUGCAUUGGGCUCUCCAUGGUCGAAAGGAAACAAAGAAGACAUAGUAACAAAAUACUACAGCAAUUUAAUCUAGCAAUCUCAAUCGAUUAUAGAAGGCAUACAAAAAGAUAAUUGUGAUGCGAAGUAAACCCACUGAGCAGGGAACAACGCAGGACGAUCAAGAUAGUAAGCAGUCGGUAUCUUCAUUUACUACUUACUAUCCAUUCCGAGCUGUCUUUCUAUUUCAUGCCGCACUGGCAAGUAAAUGAAGGAAUAACUCUUACUGAAGCUUUACUUACCCAAUGAUAUAUAUGGAUAUAUAUUUUCUUUGUUGCGUUUCGAGAACCGACAGCAUCAUUAAAUUGGGGGAGGCCAGGCCUCUGGGUUGGGCUUUAUUAUAAGACACCGACGACGACGUCGCUUCUUCACCAAUCCUCCUCAGCAGUCGGCAUCAUAUAACUGCUUGAUGAAUAGUGUCACGCCGGAUCUUGCAGGGGUAGUUGUGCGGCUGUAGGAGAGGGCAAAAAGUAAAGCGACGUCGCGCUCAGCGGAGGAGAUCGAUGUUGGCCUGCAUUGCGUGCGCGAAGCAGGACGCUGACGAGGAGGGAGAAGACGGCCCGCGCGCGGCGACCACUCCGAGCAACAAAGAGACCGUGAAAAGCCUCACCUCACAGAUAAAGGACAUGGUCCUAAAGUUUUCCGGAUCAAGCCGUCAGAUCAAAGGAGGCGGAAGCACCUCGUCCUCUUCCUCGUCAUUCAGGAGCAGGAGCUUCCGCCACCGUCAUAGUGGACGGCAGGAGCAUGGCGCCUAUACUUACGAAGACUUGGCGUAUUGCAGCAACCAGUCGCGGGCAGGCCACGCAACUGCGAGGCCAGCGGCGUGGGACUCGACUAAGAGCAUGAAAGAGGAGCAGCGGAGGUGUGGAGGCAAGUGGAGUGGGGGUAUCGAAGAGGAUAUAGUGGUGGAAGACGAUAUUGGCGAACCCAAGGAGUGGAUUGCUCAAGUGGAGCCCGGCGUUCAUAUCACAUUCGUCUCUCUCCCUGGAGAAGCCGGAAACGAACUCAAACGCAUUCGAUUCAGUCAAGAGAUGUUUAAUAAGUGGCAAGCACAGAGAUGGUGGGGGGAGAACUACGACAGGAUCAUGGAGCUUUACAAUGUACGGCGCUAUAACACUCAGGCUCUCCAGACUCCGGCUAGAUCGGACGACGGCAAGAGAGAAUCGACGUGGUCGAGGGUGGGCUCGACAAGGGAGAGCCCCAUCAAUCAGGCGCCAUUCGCUACAGAGCAGCUUACCGCCAGAGACAUGCACAAGCCGCCGCCACCUACGGAUCUAACCGCCUCCCGCAUCCUUCCGCAUCGCCUUCAUUCACCUGCUGCCGCUGCCUCCGCCGCCGAGACUGAGACGGCACCGGGAAGCUCCGGUGCAAAGGAGGAAGCCACCGCUUCGGUGGACGCAUCGAGGACCACCACCUCGUCCAGAGACGAGAGGUCCGUCUCCGUUAGCAACACCAGCGACGUUCUCGAGAUAACGGAAUGGGUGGAGGAAGAUGAGCCCGGCGUCUACAUCACCAUCUGCGAGCAUGCCGAUGGCAUCCGGGAGCUCCGUCGUGUGAGAUUCAGCCGAGACAAGUUUGGGGACGUGGACGCUAAGCUGUGGUGGGAGGCCAACAGAGAGAGAAUCCAAACGCAAUAUCUGCAGGACGUAGAACUCAACGCAUCACAACUCUCCGUACACUCCAAUCGAGUAACAAUGAGUUAGAAAACCCAGGAAAAUGCAUGGCUUAAUUUGUACAUGUGGGAUGUUCGAUCAAUGUCACGACUGAUCAGACUUCUUUUUGUUUCCAGAACUUAAAAUGUUUAUCUGGAUUUUACAAA